CCUGAGCAUUGCGCGGCCGUGUUCCGGCUCAGGCACGUCACUCUCAUCGUUGGGGAAGCUGACCUCUCAGACAACAACAGCUCUGCGGCACGGAGACAGCGGCACUCUCACUCUUCUAACCUACAUCAUCUUGCUUGCCCCAAUUGCUCUUUUCUGCCAUUGUCAGUUCCAAUCGCGCCUUGCUUGGUUCCGCCCACGCGCUUUUGCUCACUCUCUUCCCCACCCCUCACCACUCUUCCCUCACUUGUCCUGAUCUCAACUACUUGCUGAUACCACACUUCCUGUCUUCACACUAUUUUCACCAUGGCGACGGUCAAGGACUCGGCCAAGCUGCUCGAGGAGCACAAGGCUGCCGUCGAGCGCAUCCAGAAGCAGGUCCGCCACUUCCACGACAACAAGAAGCACUUCCGCGUCUACCACGGCUCAACCAGCUCCACCCGCCCCAUGAACUUCAAGCGCGACGCCAUUGUCGACACCAGCGACAUGGACCGCCUCUUCCCCGUCGACCUCGACUCCAUGACCGUCCAGUGCGAGCCAAAGGUCCCCAUGGACGAGCUCGCCGCCCACACCCUCAAGCACGGUGUCAUCCCCAAGAUCGUCAUGGAGUUCAAGGGCAUCACCGUCGGCGGCGGCUACUCCGGCUUCUCAGGCGAGAGCAGCAUGUACCGCUACGGCCUCUUCAACAACACCGUUCGCGACAUCGAGAUCGUCCUUGGUGACGGCACCCUCGAGACCGCCAGCCGCACUCACAACGCCGACCUGCUCGAGCACGCCGCCGGCAGCCUCGGCACCUUUGGCAUCGUGACGCUGCUCACGGUCGAGCUCAUCCCCGCCAAGAAGUACGUCCGUGACGACAUCUACUUGGUCAAUGAUGUGGACACUGCCCACAAGAUGUUUGAGGAGGCCGUGCUCGACGAGGACAUCCACUUCAUCGACGGCGUCUACUUUGGCAAGGGCAAAAUUGCCGUCAUGUUUGGUCGCUUUGUGGAUGCCCCACCGUCGCCCAAAGACGUCCUCAAGAAGAUGGAGGUGCACUGGUUCGCGGACACGAUCCAGGCCAAGCUCAAGUCGCACCCCACACGGGAGAAGCCCGGUAUCGUCUACAUGACGACCACUGACUACCUCUUCCGCUACGACCACGGUGCAUUCUGGGGCGGCAAGCUGGCCUUCCAGCACUUCCACGUGCCCCAGAAUGCUCUGACCAGGCGUCUUGCGGACCCAUUCAUGGACAGCCGUACUUGCUACCACGCGCUACACAAGUCUGGGUUGGCCAACGAGUAUGUCGUACAGGACUUUGGCAUCCCUGCGAGCACGGUCACGCAGUUCAUCGCCUACGUCAACGAGACUCUGCCGGAGCUCCAGAUCUUCCUGGCACCAUGCAAGACGGCACGGGAGAUUGGCCUCACGUCGCGCUUCAACCCUCGUGUGGCCGAAGUCGCCGACCAGCGCAUCUUUGCAGUCGGGGUGUAUGGUCGCGGCCCACGCGACCCCAAGGCGUUUUACGAGUUGAACCGCAAGCUCGAGUUGCGCAGCGCCGAGCUGCUGGGUGCCAAGCUCCUGUACGCGCGGACGUACUACACGGAGGAGGAGUUCUGGACCAUCUACGACAAGCCGACGUACGAGGAGAUGCGCAAGAAGUACAAGGCCGAGGGCCUGCCGUCGGUGUUUGACAAGCUCCAGGCGGACAUGGGUCCAGGCGCGAGCAAGCGACGGCCGGUGCGUGGUGUCCUGGAGACGAUCUGGGACAAGGCAAUUGGCAACAAGAACUACCUCCUCAAGUAGGCCAUCUUGUGGCAUACAGGUGGAGAUCGUGGCGACUGUCGAGGAGAUGUCUCUGGCACCAGUGGCACUCGCGAAUUUGGGUGGUCACACGAGCGACUUGUCGAACACGUGAUUUCGUUUUUUCUUAGAUACCCCGGUAUAGAAAGCUAAAAGGUCGAAGCGGGAAUAGUCAUAGUUGUUGCCAUUGGCUUGUGCAUACUAGUCAGUCUUGGAUA